AUGGUGACCAACCCUAAUCAUAAGGCCGACUUGAGCCUAGAAUCCCUAGCCGACCUUCAAAUCCCCAAAGAUCUUUGUAUUUCUCCCAAUGGUUACAAAGUCGUCUAUACACUGCAUCCAUUCGGCAAAAAAGGCGAGCACGCCACUUCAUCAAUUUGGAUCGCCAAGAUAGGCCAACAAACAAGCGCCCGUCAAUUCAGCUCCGGCCAGUUCAGCGAUGAACAGCCUCAGUGGUCUCCAGAUGGAACUUCCAUCGCGUUCAAGUCCGAUCGUGGGCACCCGGGCAAAAGCUCGACUAUAUAUGUGAUGAAUGUAGAUGGAGGUGAAGCCUAUGCCGUCACGCCUGUUGAGAACGAGAAACCUAUUUCCGCGUUCGAAUGGAGUCCCAACGGAGCGUAUAUUGCAUAUGCCAGCGCAGAUGAGAAGACCGACGACCAAAUCCGCAAAGAGAAGGAGAAAGACGACGCCAAAGUCUGGGGAGAGGACUUGGAAUAUCGUCGCUUGAGGGUUGUCCAUGUAGCGACAAGACAAGUCUCGACGAUUGUCUCGGGUGACAGACACGUGCAUGCCUUCUCUUGGGGACCCGAUUCGAAGCAAUUCGUCUACCUCGAGCACAAGGAGCCGGAUAUCAACUCUUCUGGAAUCCAUGAUUGCAUGGGCAAUGCUGGCGUCUACUUCAUUGCAGGCCUUCAGCCGGGAUCCAACUCCACUUCGCUGUCGCUAUUUCAAAUAGAUAUCGCAAAGGGCGCAUACCACAGGCAUGAAUCUGAAGAUAGCUGCUGUAUGAGUAUUCGAAAGAAUCAGUCUUCCCUGGCUUGUCGUGUUCAGCAUGGCCUCGAUGAUGAGCUUUUUUCAUUACAUGAUGGUGAUUGUACCCUAGAAUAUCGUGGAGAGCAUGAGCUCAGCUCCUUCGCCAUCCUGAAGACUGCAGAGAAGACCGUCAUUGCAAUCACCAAAGGCGACGGGUCCAACCCGGAAGAAGUGUUUUCUAUCUUCGAGUCAGAAGGUAUAGUCAAGCUAUCAGAUCACAAUCCCAACCUCGCCGCUCUCAAAAUAUCCAAGGCGUGCUCCGUUUCCGCGACCGCGUCCGACGGCUACUCUCUCGACGGUAUGAUCUAUGUACCUUCCAAGUACAAAGCAGAGGAUGGCCCUCUUCCCACCAUUGUCAUGCCACACGGAGGGCCAUACUGGCGCAUCAGCACCGCUUUCGCGGUCUGUCACUUCCUCGAAGCCCCACUCCUCGUCUCAGCUGGAUAUGCAGUUCUUUGUCCGAAUUACCGUGGCGGGAGUGGUCGGGGUGAAAAACACGCCUCGUAUGCUCGUGGACAGAUGGGAACAGUCGACUACACAGAUUGUAUCGACAUUCUUCGCAGCUGCAUUGACAGUGGUCUCGUGGACCCUUCGCGAGUGGCGAUAGGUGGCUGGUCGCAAGGCGGACAUUUGUCCUACUUUGCCGUCACCCGCGAUGACUUUCAGUUCCGGGGAGCUGUAUGUGGCGCGGGCGUGGUGGACUGGGACGUCAUGACAAUGACUAGCGAUGCGUACUGGUUUGAGGGUGAAAUGGCCGGCGGUGCGCCGUGGGAUGUAGAUGUCAAUGCAGAACUCGAGGUGGACGACGCGGAUCAGACUUCGAAGAGAUGGAUCCGCAAUACGAACGGUCGACAGGGAAGCGCGUUGUGGAGGAUGCGCAAGGUGAAGACGCCCAUCUUGAUUAUUCAUGGCGAGGACGAUCUGCGUGUGCCCUUGUCACAGGGUGUUGCUUUUUACCGGGCUUGUGUUCACAACAAGGUCCCGGUUGAGAUGGUGACUUAUCCCCGUGAAGGACACAUUAUUACUGAGAGGAAGCAUCUCAUCGAUAUGUGGAAGCGGAUGAGGCGGUUCUAUGAUAUGCACUUGCAGUGA